UUGUGUGUGAGUUCAUCAAUUCUGUCCCGAGCGUUAGAAGACAACUACAAUUGUGACAUGGCUUCAAUGGAGGUUAUGGCAAACCAGAAUGUGGUUGCCAGAGUGGCUCACCUACCCUUGGUGGUUUCCACCUAUGACACGGUGUCAAAUGUGUACUGCAACACCAAGGAAAACCAUCCAUACUUGAAGUCUGUCUGCGAGAUGGCUGAGAAUGGUGUGAAGACCGUAACCUCAGCAGCUUUUAACAGUGCUUUGCCAUUCAUUGGGAAACUAGAGCCUCAAAUCUCUUUGGCAAAUACCCUGGCGUGUAAAGGACUGAAUAAGAUAGAGAAGACUUUGCCGAUCCUACACAAGCCCUCUGAUCAGAUCUUCACAAAUGCCAGAGAGGCAGUGACAGGAGCUAAGGAAGCUGUCACAGGGACCAUGAAUGGUGCCAAGGAAACUAUCUCCCACACCCUUAGUGGAGUGGUGGACAAAACCAGAGGAGCAGUACAGGACAGCAUGGAAAAGACCAGGACAGUGGUCAGUGGUGGCGUCCAAACCGUGAUGGAGAGCAGGAUGGUGAAGCUGGUGAGCAGUGGAGUGGACACAGCACUGAGCACGUCUGAGACUCUGGUGGAGCAGUACUUACCAGGAACUGAAGAGGAAAAAGAAUGUGGACUGAAAAAAGUAAUGGGAUUUGACAAUGACCAAGAUGCACCCAGUUACUAUGUGCGACUGGGGUCUCUCUCCAGCAAGUUGAGGGACAGGGCUUACCAGAGAGCUGUGUCCAAUGUCCGUAAUACCAUGCAACGCAGUCAAGAGUCCAUAUCCCAGCUAAACCACACCAUGGAUCUGAUCGAAUAUACCCGGAAGAAAAUUGAUGAUGCUAACCAGACAAUUCAGGAGAAACUGAGUGUAAUAUUGGGCUGGAACAUUACAUCUCAGAGUCAAGAUGAGAACGAUAGGGCCACAGACAAUGAAGCUGAGAUAAUUGAAUCCCGCACCUUGACAAUUGCCCACAACCUCAGCCAGCAGCUUCAGACCACAUAUCUGGUCCUAGUGUCCAACUUCAAGGGUCUCCCUCAACACGUCCAGAUCCAGGCCCUCUCUGUCAGCCACUCGGCCAUGGAGAUCUACAGCAGCUUCAGUAAGGCUGCUGCAUUGGGAGAUCUAUCCGAUACAGUCCUCGCCACCAGUCGAUCUCAGCUGAACAGAAUAAGGGAUUCCAUGGAUAACGUCAUGGACUAUCUGAUCAACAAUACCCCUCUCAAUUGGUUGGUAGGUCCAUUUUACUCACGCAUGGACAGCACAACUGUAAGCGGCCCUAGAGCCAGUAAAUCAAAGAGCACUCAUCCUGAAGUGGAGAUGCAGUCAAUGGAAUAAAGAAAAUGAACAUGUUGUUAAUUUGAAUUAUUCCUGUCAGUAAAAUCUGGAUCUUCUUAGCAAACGGAGACAUGCUCUGUGGUAGCAAUCAUAUGCUUUGGUAAAGUGUCUCAACUUUACCAAUCUAAAAUUGCUUAUGAGCUAAUCCUCAAGUGUCUUUUACAAUAUGUUGUCUUGUUAUUGCCUUUGUACAUUUCUAAUAAAAUAAUACACUUCUAAUAUUCUUUUUUCUGUUUGUCUUUGUGGAUGUGAGGGCUUGAGCG